CAGACCUCGGCGGGGCCGCGGACUCGGCUCUGCGCGCGCCAUGGCCCCGGGCCUGCGCGGCCUCUGGCUGCUUCUGGCCCACUCCCUCUUCCUGGCCUCCGCCUGCCAGGACGCCGACUCUGACGCGGUCUUGCAGAAGCUCUGCUUCGCCCGGUUCCAGGUGGACAUGGAGAGCAUCGGGAAGACGCUGUGGUGCGACUGGGGCAGGACCAUCCAGAGCUACGGAGAACUCACAGACUGCACCAUGCAAGUGAUGAAAAAGCUGGACUGCUUCUGGCCAAACGCGGUGGUGGACCAGUUCUUCGUCGCCAUCCACCACCGCUACUUCAGAAGCUGCCCGGUCUCCGGCAGGGCCAUGCAGGACCCGCCCAGCAGCAUCCUCUGCCCCUUCAUUGUGGUGCCCAUCUUGGUGACCCUGCUCGUGACAGGGCUGGUGGUCUGGAGAAGCAAGCGCACAGAGGGCAUUGUGUAGGCUGUGGCCCGGGAGCUGCCCCCCGGUGAGGCUGUGAGCAGGCAGGGAAGCCAGGGAGCUCUGGGCCUGGCCUGGUGACAGCUUCCUGGGCCGGCGGCAGAGCAGGCCUCAAGUCCCCUCCUCCUCCCUGAGAUCGGCUAACAGGGUUUCAGAGUGGUGGCGGUGCAGGCAUUCACCGGGAAGCCCCUGCUAGAGGUGGAAGCCACCCUAGGAAGGGGCUGGGUGCUAGGAGGGAGCAGGACAUAGCUGUCGUUAUUUCUGGGGGGUGUUCCCAUGUGUCUGCAAACCCCCUUGGCUCUGUUCCCACCGCUUGCCAGACUGUGGAGGAGGAGUUUGUGAUUAAAAGGAUG